AUGAUACAAAAUUUAUCUUAUCAAAAUAGGACAAAAACAAGAGGUGAAUUUACUUGUCUUGAGCAAUUCAAUAGUUCUGAAUUGAAAGAAGCUAAAAUUUCAUGUUCAAUUAUACCUAAUGAAUUGACAAUUAAGGGUGCCAAUAUUUAUAAUACUAUUCCUGUUUGUUUACCAGAAGACUAUGAGUUCUAUGUAUAUGACAAGAAUAGUGAAAAGCCCUCAAUUGAUUCCUAUUAUUCAUAUAUUAACAGUGAAUUAAUUGAUUCUGACUUUGAAAAUAAUCUUUUUCGUAAUGAUAACAGUCAAUCCAAUGUGACUAUCCAGUUAGACGAAAGUAUUAAUUGUAAAUUAUUGAAAACUAAGCUUUCAGAAAGAAGAUUAGACUGUUACAAUAUUUCUGAUAAGAUUGCUUCCUUAUUCACCAAGAGAGGCCUCGGAUUUUACUAUGCAUACGAUGAUUCAAACAAAAUAGCUUUAGAAAAUAGAUGGUGUCUCGUUACUAACAAGCGAUGGAUAAAACAAAUCAGUGAGAGAAUGAAAAACCAAACCAUUAUUGAUUUGAUCAACUCAGAUUUAAGAGAUAUUAUUCUUUCUCGUUCACAAGAAUUUAACCCAGACGAAUAUGCCAAAAAUUAUAUAAUAUCCAGUACUUUUUUACUGUGUUUGCAAUUCUUUAAUGAGAGGGAUAUUGAAAUUGAUGAAUUGACUGAGAAAGUUUGGGAUUAUAUUUUGCAAAAUAAUAUUCACAAUUGUGAAUCGUCAAUAAGUAGUAGAUUCGAAGCUCUUCGCCUCAGAAUCCAAACUCAAAAGAGUGUCAUUUCAGUGGUGAGUCCUCCUGUAAUUGGGGCUAGAUCAGUUUUCUUCUCCUCCUUCUUGAAAAAGAUACCUGAAUUUAUAAUUCACGAUAGAUUUUAUGAAUUCGACCUUGAUUUCAAAUUACGGCGUUUUCCUAACUAUAAUAACCUAUUUUACCUCACUCAACAUUUCCCAAUUUUAGAGGAAACAAUUUCUGAUGGUAUUGUUAUGGCCAUUAAUUCUUCAUCAGUUAGUAAUAUAUCUACAAGAUACAAAAUAUACGAGUCAAAUCUGAUUUCGUUUUUCAAACAAUCACAUAAUCUCAAUAGAGAAUCGCAAAGGGAUUUACCAAUCAGAGAGUGUAUUCUUGAUGAAUAUCUAAUUAGUCAAGCCAUCAAAACCCUCCACACUUGCAAAAAACAUAACCAAUCUGAAAAAGCCGAAUACAUUACCAAAGCAUUGCCUUUUAUUCAAGGAGUAUCAACUCAAAUUGAAAAAUUGAAAAAGACUUUACAACAUGAUUUUUCAAAUAGUUGGAAAAAGUUUAUUGAAAUAAUGGUCAUAUCAUUGUUCCCAGUAGCCCCAAAACUUUCCAUCUAUUUGUGGACUGAAGUGUUACAGAAACAAGAUGAAAUACGAAUCAAUCCUAAUAUGAUUCUAUAUGACGAUCUAGAAUGUGAAGUUAUUUCUACAAAAUUUUCAUUCCUAUCAAGAAUAUUUAGAGAUAUUGAAAAAGUACUCAAGACUAAUCGAUUACCAAGUGAGGAUAAGAGAAUUUUAAAAAUAAUCAUAAGCGGAAAAUCUAAUGAUUUCAAUGAGGAAUUGUUCCUAAAUGAACAUUUAGAUGUUAUUCUACAAAAGUAUAGAGAAAAGAUAGCAAAUGUUGUUGUGGAAAUUUCAGAGGAAUUAUUUGCUAAAACAGCUCGCAUAGUUUUGAAAUAA